AUGGACUGCAAGAGUGCUCAAUCCGCUGCGGGCAUUGACCCCAAGAUCCUCGAUAGCUAUCAAUCAGACACCGUUUUUACUAUACCGUGGGAGAAUUCAGGUUACGAGCAGCCGUUGGAUUGGGACGCGAGUCAAGACUCGAACCAUAGCGACUCCGAAUUCGCGGAAUUGAGCGCGAACCCUUCUCUGCUGGGACAACCCAGUGGAUACCACAGCGACGACAACAGCAAGCAUGGAAGCCCGCCAAACAACAAAUUUGGGGUAGCCGAUGCCUCCGCUGAAGGAACCCUUAGCAGCACCGUUAGCCCAAAGACCCUGCCCUCCGCGGACGACAACUUCCAGCUUGAUGAGUCAUGGCCGCAACUGCAAAUGUUUAACAAUAUGAUGGCUGGCUUCCCCAUGGAUGCGCCCCUCCUUUACCCUUACGGAAAGCAACCCCCGGCUUCAACGGACGCGUUCAUCGUUGAAGAUGGCGCAUCACUCCCGCAGGGACAGGGGUUCUCUGAUAUCCCAUCGGAGCAUUUCAUGCAGUUUCAGAAUAUCUCACACGCGUUCCCAUUUACGACAAAUGAACCCUGGACUGGUUCGAUUACCAACACCGCGGAGCCCGUGACGGGACAACUUCCUGCCUCUAGUACUGUGGGCCCACAGCCACUCAACAAGGGUACUAGACAUAUGGAUAGUUUCCGAAACCCUUUGCAGUCCCCUGAGACACGUUGGCUCGACAACCUUGAAUCGCAGUUGUCUAGCAACAUAACUUCGCCCUCUUCGUUCUCCACGUUCCCGCAGCACUCGUUAUUCAUCAAAGACGAGGUAACUGGCCAAGAUUUGUUCCAAUACAAAUCUGAGAGUUCAUCUGUGUCUGAUGACAUCCCUGGGACCUACGAGUUUUCCUAUUCCGCAACUGGAGAUGACGUCCCGGCCUUCGCUGAUCGGCAACUGGAUGAGGAGAACCUGUGGAAAUCUUCCCAGAAGGAGGAGUCACCUUCCGAGGUCUCCCACGGUCCUCAGACAGCCACCGCAUUUGUUGUGAGCGAAGACCCAUCGGAACCACUCUUCUCUUCUGUUCCGUCAAGUACGAGAGCUUCACCCCUUACUACACAGCGUGCACCCGCUAAGCCACAAGCCCUUGGAGCUCAGUCGGCGACUGCGAUCAAGAAGCGCAAGAAGCGCGCGCAGAGUGUUGGACUCAUUCAAGAUGGCCAAAAGCCGUUGCAAAUUGUGCAAGAAGAUGGCCAAGGCGGUGCUAUUGCUUCUGCAGACUUCGUCUCUCCGCCCCGUGGAGCCCGUCGCAAGGGUCCCUUGUCUAUGGCUGGUAGGGCUAACGCUGGAAUGCGGAGAAAGAACAAGGAUACCUGCGUUCAGUGCCGGUUGAAUAAGCGAAAGUGCGAUGGAAACGCCCCAUGUGACGCCUGUCGUCCCACUCUCCAUGAACAACCAUGUGCUCGGGCUUGUUUCUCAAGCAUUGUCGAAUAUGGAACGUGCAACUAUAUCUCUCAACGAGCCAUCAACCACCCUACUUUGGAUAAAUCCGGGCGAGUCCGGUUGAAUAUCCCGUCCGAGUUCGACUUGAACGACCUGCUCUCCUUCCUUGGCGAGCGACAGGGGAGAUUCAACAUCCGUGCCACACAAGCUUGGGGCUCUCUUUACGUCCUCGACUUGGGAGAGACGUACAAAUUCCUCAGAAGCUUGAGCGAAUACAAUGGCAACUCGCGCUCAAACUUCCUCGAGUUCAUUGAUCGACGGAUUAUCGAGUCGAAAGACAAGUCUAAGAAUUGGUUGACCUGCGUCAAGGACUGUGAUCCGAUGCGCAAUAUUUACACUCUGCUUUCUCGGUGGAACAACAUGCCAAGCCGUGCGAGCUACAGCUUCAUUCCACUUGAGGCUGACGGUGAAGAAAAGCCUAUGGAUGUCAACGACCCCACGCACCAGCGCGAGAUCCUUCUCGCAGCACAGCUCUCGCGCAUUGUCUGCCGUAUGGUCGAGGUUGAAGGUUUCCGCAAGUUAGAGCGAGACUUCUACAAUAUCAAAUGGAAACAGAUCUCUCAAGAAACCCACAUGAACUUCUUGAAGGAGCUGGGUCACAUACUCCUCACUCUUCGUUGGCGAGUUUCUUGGUGGAAGCGUCUUGGUGACGGGGGCCGCGAGCCCGACCCAACCAAACAGCAUUAUGUCGACCGAGUCGACCUACUCUGCAGAAUCCUCUACGUCUACUAUACCUGCGUCCUGGCUAAAUUACCCUCUUGGUCUGCCUCUGAGGUUCCCAAGGGCAUCUGGUCUACCUACGCCGACGCGGAAAAUCCCGUCUGGGAUGAUUUUCCCGUUGACCCUACUGAUGACGGGUUCAAGUCAUGGAUCGAACGAGGCACGGAACUCAUCGAGCAGUCGGGUGCGCCUAUUCGAGUUGCAAAAAUUUAG